AUGCUUGCGCAAGGUGUGGCCCCGCGUGUCGCCCAGCCCCCCGUUGUCCGGGUGCCGACGCUGGAGCCCUCGACCGCGUCGUCGCCGUUCACUGGGGCCUGCCUGCGGCGCAGCAGGCUGCACGAGCGGCAGAUGCAGGGGAGCACCCUGAGCGACUACUACCGCUCAAGGCAGGCGGGGAUGGAGCAACAACGCCAUCGCCAUGCCGAUCCGCUGGGGGAGUUGGAAAGCCCCGCAAGGAGCGUGCAGAUUGAAGAGCUUUUGCGCGGCAUCCGCGAGACUAGCACCGCCGCGGCCGCCGCAGUGGAGGAACUGGCGGGCAAUUCGCCUCCACCCCGCCAGACAAGGCCAUCACUGCAGCGAAGAACAUGCGAGACGGAGCAGCGGCGCAGUGCGUCGCCGGAUCGGGCACAUACGGCACGGUCAAGUCCCAUGAGAAGGACGCCGAGGGGCGAAUCACCGGCGCGUCCUGCGUGGAACCAAAACCGUCCAACGCCCCGCGUGAAACCGACGGUGAGUGCUCCACGAACGGAGCCGCGACGGCUGACCCGCGGCGCAAGCGUCGAGAAUCGUAGUCGGCCGUGGAUGGAGGGCAUGAAGCGGACACACACUUCGAAGGAGAGGCUGACGGCGGCGAAGGAGACGGAGCAUCCGAAGGGUGCCGCUGCGACUCAACCCCGGUCCUCCCGUCAACUGCCGCGUUCGGCGAGAGCGGCGGCUCCUAUGGGGGAGGUGGUGUCACCACGGACGGUGUCCGGCGGGGCACGAGGGGCAAGCCCUAGAAAAGAGGAAGCGGCUCUGCAGCCUCGCCUGGGAUUGCUGGAGAACACACUGCAAGACGUGCAACAACGAGCUGUGCGAGCAGAAGCACGUUGCGAGGAGCUGGAGGUUGCUUUGCAGGCGCUGCAACUGGAGCACAGUGAGACACUCUCGAGACUAGAGGAGCGCAAUGUGCGGCUGAGUGCUCAGGUGCAGUACCUGCUGCAGUGGGUCGAACACUUCGAGGCGGCACCUGUCGCAAGGGAGGUUUUUACCCAAGAGGUUGGGGCGGGAGAGGCAACCGACGGCGGAAGCGUCAAGGCCCCCGUCCCGAGUCUUUCGAGCAGCAAGGAUGACGGUGGCUCACCGGAGAUGCACACAAGCGUGAGGUCUGUAGACUCCACAGGCCUUGAAAGGGCUCUUAAGGCGACACCAGUGCGCAUACCGCCUGCCCCGCCCAUGACGCUUCAACUUCAACAUCGAUAG